AUGGGGUACAUCCCGGUUGGCGAAGAUGGUGUCGUGGUCCUUGAGCACCUCGCGCGCUAUUGCAGGCGAGGUGACCACAAUGCUUACUUUAGAAACCUAGCCGGAGUGUAUGGAUCAGACCAUAGGUCCGAGCCAUGCUGGCGAAGUAGGAGUGGAGCUCCGGGUCAAGGGACAGGAGGUUUCCGACCAUUGGAAGGCCUUGCGGACCCGGCGGCAAAG